GUGUUCCAGCUGUUGCACAGAAAAUAAAGCUCCUCCUCCUCUUCUCGCGCCACCUCAGACCUCAUUUAACAACCGAGCGAGUAGCAACAAGCAGACUGUUCUGAUACCCAACAAGUACGUGGUCAAUACGCCUGCCCACGUUACAUGCCUAUACAUAAGAUUCACCGUCCAUGUAAUUUAUUCUGUAACGAGUCGCCGUCUCACGUCAAAACAUCAUCGUUUGCUUACUCUUCCAAGUUGACUUGUUGAACAUUUAACAUGAUUGAAUGGUGGUUGCUCCUCUUCGGAGGGCCAAUACUUGCCCUAAUCAUCAGGGCUAUGGUUAAAGUUCCUUACAGACCCAAACUUCUUCACACCCCUUAUGCUCGCCCUGGACCAUGGCAUUACUUGAAAAUAAUUUGUGGAAGGAUUUGGUUAGCCUGGAAAUUAGUUCGUCAUCCCAGAGUUUUAAAUGUGUACGACACAACAUCAAAGAAAUAUGAGAAAAUUGGACUUGUUGCAACAGAAUUAGAGAAAGUGUGGGAACUACCACACGAGCUGAAAAAUAGAGAAUCUGUUGAUGGACUGUGUUUUUUUGGAACUGAUGGAGCUGAUACUUCCCUAAAAAUUUCUAUUGAACGCAGAACUAAUAGACAAGCUCAAGUCUCAUUGUUGCUAAUUCUCCCCAAUGGAACAACAUAUCAACUACCAGGGUCUCCAGACACUAUGAUAUCAAAUACAGAUGGCAAAGAAAGUUUCAAUGCUGGUGGAAUAAAAUUCCAACUCAUAGAGGCUAUGAGAAAAUGGCGAAUUUUAUUUAACGGACUGGCUAAGCGUACCUGCAAUGGAGAGGAAACCGAAGUUCAUUUACGAAUCAAUAUCGUAUGGACUGCCUUUAGCCGUCCUUACGAGUUUAAACGCGAGUUUAGUCGUAAAUUAUUAGCACAAGGCAUGGCACGCGAGUUAUGGCGAGGAAGACAAGAAUGGUCGCAAAUGAGUGAACCGUGUUUAAAUGGCAUGGAUCAAUGGGGUGCAAUGCUCGGAACCUAUCAGGAUAACAGUUUGGACAUAGAAAAACAAUUUUAUCUCCGCAGCCUUCGCCAAAGACGAUGGGGACAGAGCAACUCACCAACGUUGCACCGGAAAUUAGAUAUCAUUGGAGCUUGUGAGGACGGAAAUCAUUUCUACCUAAGUGCCACAUCAGAUUCUUCCCGGCUCACACACGAAGUAUGGGGACAUGUCUACCAUCCGAAUGGCUUCCUCUACAAAAUUAACGCCUGCAAUUUGGAUUUGGAAAGGCUUGGAGAAAAUGGCCCAGUCCCUAACCAUUUCUCAGUCCGUUUUGCUGCGAAACGCCGCAAUUACCACGCGAUUAUUCAUCUAAAGCCUUGCCAAUACGAAAAUUUCUUAGGGCGCCCAUGGACACAUCGUAGCACGACAUACCCGUGUCACUUGACGUUGAAUUCACGCCAAGGACGUGUGGUUUUCGUAUCAACCAACGUUUUUCAUGGAUAUUGUCCGAAUGAAAAUGAAGUAUCUGUUCCUUAUUUGAGUGCCCCUAAUCGCGAGCCAUCGUUGUCUGAAACCGAAAAACUCGUUUUGUUGUUUAAUGAAGAGGCUUGCCGAUUUGAAAGUUUAGUUGGAGGCAAAGGAUCAUCUUUGGCUCUCCUUAGCAGCAACUCAAGGAAAGCUCCUGUGGCAUGUCAAAUUCCAGCCGGAUUUUGCGUGACAGUCAAUGCGUGGAAAGCUCAAUUUAAAAACAACGAAGAUGUCCAGGCAGUUUUCAAGCAGCUGGAAGAUGUAGCAACAGGAGUAGUUGAAGGAAAACUAGAAGAAUGCUGCAUUAAAGCGGAGGAGCUCGUAACUUCUCUUCCUGUCGACACGUUCGUUCAAGAUUGCAUCAGAGAGGCUCUGCAGGAACUUUGUGAUGAAUCUGAAAAGAAACGGUUCGCUGUAAGAUCGUCAGCAAUUGGUGAAGACGGCGAAGAAUUAUCUUCUGCUGGACAAAAUAUCACUGUACUCGGUUGUCAAGGAUUCGAAUCCAUCAUGUCAGGAUUGCGCAAAUGUUGGGCGUCGCUGCUUUCUUAUCAGUCGGUCGAGUAUCGUCGUCAACAUGGAGAGCCUCUCAUACCAGGAAUGGGAGUGGUUAUUCAGGAGAUGGUCGACGCCGAAGCAGCUGGAGUUCUCUUCACUGUCAACCCCAACGAUGGUGACCCAAGCAAAAUGAUUUUGACUGCCAACUACGGGUUGGGCGAGUCGGUUGUUUCAGCUUCCGCUGACCCCGAUACGUUUUACAUCAAAAGGACGUCAAGUGGAGAAUUGUCUGUCUCUUCUCGAACUGUCGGAGCUAAACAAACCAAAGUGAUUCUGUCGGAUGAUGGUACCCGUGAAGAAAAAAUUGCGGAAGAAGUAUCGACCACAUUGUGCUUGUCGGACGAGAAAGUCUUAGAACUCGGUCAACUUGGAGUUUAUUUAGAAAAGGCAUUUGGUGGACCAAGGGACUUGGAAUUUGCUGUAUCUGUAGGCGCACUGUAUUUGCUCCAGGCAAGACCAGUUACUGCGCUCGAUGCUUGGACUGACUUUGAACUUCGACAUGAAUUUGAUUCUCCUAUUCUCACAAAUUCAGAUUAUUUCACGAAAGCUAACACUGGUGAAGUAGCCCCCGGAGCGACGUCUCCCCUUACAGUUUCAACCACCAUUCGAAUUCUUGAUCUCAACUUCCAGACAAUUGUCAAAAAGCAAUUUGGACGUCUAGUUGACAUCAAUCCUUGGCAUGGGGGUCGUUUUUUCUCGUACCAACAGAAUCAUUUAUUCAUUAAUGUUAUCGAAGCUUUUCUUCGUGACAUUGAAGCAGAAAUUAGCGACAACAUCCGUGCUAUUGACAUGGCAGUUUUUGGUCAUAUUAUCACUACGCCCGCCAUGCAUCGUCUUGGUCUACAGCGUUUUGGGGUUGCCGGAUGGAGAGUGAAGUACAAUAGAUAUAGAACUAUCUUUCAGGAUUUGUUCUUCAAUCACAAACUGGUUAGUCGAGCUGUGAAGAAAUUCACCGACUAUUCAUUUCCUAUUGAAAAUCAAACGGAUUCACAGAAACUGUAUGAUGAAAUUUGCGUCCACCUGCCUGCCUUGGUAGAAAUUGGUCGUGUUCAUACGCAAGUGAGCCGCGCAAGUGCCAUGACUCAGUUGAUUGCUUUCAUCAUUUUGUUGGAUGGAAGAAAGGAAUGGACACCCGAGCUGUACGGUGAAAUGGCAGAGCUUUUCUCAUCUAUUUCUAACGUCGAGUCAGCUGAUGUACCUGUUGCCCUUAAAGAGCUUGCCAAAGCGAUUUCUGAAAGUGCGGAUGGUAAAGAUUUUAGUAAAGGCUCUGUAGAAGUUGCAUCGACCUGGUUGGAAAAAGAUCAAGGACAACCUGGAAAAUUGUUCCGUUCAUUUAUAUCCCGACAUGGUCAUCGUAGCAUUAAAGAAUUCGACUUUUCCACAGAAACUUGGGGAUUAAACUCACGAUCCCUGGUGUCUGUCCUCCAAUCAAUGGUGGCUAAUCCAGUUAGCUUUGCUCCCAACUCCCAACCGACCAAGUCUAAUGAUGACUGGCUCAAAAUCAUUGGACAGAGCAAGCCGGGCAAAUAUCGCGCCUUGAAAUUCUUCGUCCCUCGCAGUCGCGAUGCUGUUAUUGCUCGCGAGAAAACCAAGUCGUUGUUGAUCCGCACUAUUCAUGUCUUCCGAAUGGCUUACCGCAGACUGGCCCAACUUUUGGUCCGAGAUGGCAAAAUCCCUGACGCCAACCUGAUCUUCUUUUUCACGCAUUCGGAGCUGCAGCAGCUCAUUCAUUCAAAUGGCGUCGCAUUAAUCAGCAAGGCCAAUAGGAGACGGAAACUUCACCCAGAUCUGGAUGCUCUCGUCUUCCCCGAAAUGUCACUGGGUAUUCCCCAACCCCUAGAAGAAUCGUCUACCGAAGAAUUGAUGGUGGGUGCUGAUGGAGUCCAGUUGACGGGAACUCCAGUCUUCAAGGGAACCGUUCGAGCAACAGUCCGUGUCGCCUUGAACCUGGAAGAAGCCAAAGAAAUCCAGAACGGAGACAUCCUCAUCACGCGGAGCACAGACAUUGGAUGGAGUCCGUAUUUCCCGUUGUUGUCUGGCGUCGUGACGGAGCUCGGUGGUCUGAUUUCUCAUGGAGCUGUUGUGGCCCGAGAAUAUGGUUUGCCGGCUAUCGUUGGUUGCCAGAAAGUAACGCAAGUUUUCCGUUCUGGUGAUAUAGUUAUCCUUGAUGGAAGUAAAGGAACCAUUACACGCGUGGAAGCAUAAAAUUGAAAGAGCUAAAAUUUGGUCUUGUCAUCCAAAAUUUUACAAGGGGAUUCAGGGAAUUAUAAUCCUCCAUUGCAGUAUGCUAUUAAUCGGUUAAUAUAGUUAUAGUAUUUUUCUAGAUACUUCGUUUUGGGGACAUUCGUCAGACCGUUCAAACUAAUUACUCUUUUUGUUUUGUUUCUUUUGUGGAAGGGCUUGUAGGUUUGUUGACGACUCUGUCCAAAAUAUCCCAUCAUAUGUUUAGUAAAUAAAAAUGUAUUGCAGUUUCAAA